AUGCGAGCACAGCAGAAAAAGACUCAGGAACAGGCGACUUACCACCAAGAACUCGAACGGGUGAAUCGUCGCCUCGACGAGGUCGAUUCGAAAGUUCAUCGCGCCACCAGCUCAGCUCCGGAAUUGACGAAAGCACUCGCCGACACCCGAAGAAGCCCGCUCACCCGCAGGCUCCGCCAGAUCGAGCUACACGAAAGAGUUCGACUCAAAAUCGACUCUUACACCGGCGAAGAAGACCCCAAGAAGUGGCUAACCGCGUUCAACCUCGCCAUGAGGAGGGAGAAAUACAAAUCUUACGAUGAAAGGGAGGCCAACUACUGUCAAGUAUUCGUCGAGCACAUGGCGAAAGAUGCCUUGACCUGGUUCUCUAACCUCCCCGCCGAGUCGAUCGAUAACUUCGACGACCUAACCAAUGCUUUUCUGAAGCAUUACUCCAUGCACAUGACCCGAAUCACUCGGAACAUCUCGCGAUACUGGCGACAUGCCGAUAGCGUCCCGCUAGAAGCACUCCGCAACGGCCUCUGGUACGACUCCAAGUUCAAGGAGGAUUUGUCACUAAAACCCCCUGCGACUCUGGAGGACGCGUUCCACCGCUCUCGGAACUACAUCUUCCUCGAGGAAGACCAGCGCUUCUACGCCGAGAAACAUGGAGAUAGGAGGGCAACCUCGACGAAACCCAGAGAGGAACCCAUGGAGGCACGAAAAGAUACGAUCCGAAGAUCUCUCCUCACAGCGUUCGCAGCAGCCGACGACGAGCCCGAGCAGGAACCGCAUCACAAAAAAUGGGCAACAGAUGUCGCGACACCCGAUCUCGACGACUCUGACACGUUUUGCCGCCUCCACGGAACCGGUGACCACUCUACAAGAAACUGCCGACGCCUAACUCGCGAUCUCCUUCGGAGAUACCAGCACGGGGAGCUACCACCGAUAAAAGGGGACCGCUCUCGUCACAGACGAAAGCCGGCACAACCCGUAAUCCCGGAAACACGCCGGAUGACAUAA